AUGAGUCGUUGGGCUGAGAUUACUUCACGCUGUGCGCGCUGGUUCAGCUCCUAUCCUUUCCUGGAAGCGUUCCUAUUCGCAUGCGCUAUCAUUGAUGUCUAUACCUUUGUCGGAUCCAGCAUAUACUUUUGCUGUGCUUCCGGCCCUGUCAACUACCCAGGCUCAAGGUUCAGUGUCUGUCACUACAACUACACGGUCCAGACUCCGACUACGAAAUUGCUCGCAAAAGCCAUUUCUUGCGCCGCCGGACUAUUUGUUUUUGUCAGUCGGAUGCAGAGGGCAAGGUGGAUGAGAGGGGGACCCGAAACAAAGCAUGUCGACCUACUGAAGUUUGCAGCAGAUCAUCUGUACACGAAGAUUGAGAUUGACUCUUUGGUAGUGGAGAACAAAGCUUGGGUCGAGGAGCAGAAUGCUAUAGCCCAGGAGCAGAAUGCUAUAGUCGUGGAGCAGGAUGCUGUGGUGUCGGAGCUCGCGGCAUGGGUAUCGAGGGUGUCAGCUUUGGUAACUCCUCUGUCUAAUUCUAUGGUAUCAAAAGGAAAUGAACAGACAGAGGAAGAAUCUUUGCCACUGGAGACAGAGCAACAACAGGCUUUGGUGGAGCAGUUGGCAGUUCUGGUAUCGAAGUUAUCCGACUUGGCGUCCAAACAGGUCGAUUUCGAGGCGACAAAGAAAAAUGAGCGGACAAAGCAGGGAGAACCUCCGUACAGAGGCUUGCAGGAGGAGAGAGGAAGCUUGGAAGAGGAGAAAGAGGCUUUGAAAGCAAAGGCCAAAAAAUUAGGGAUUGAGGAAGAGAAGCUUCGAACGACGACACCAGAGGAGUUCAAAAAGCUCAUUGACGCACAGGAGAAACUCCAUGAUGAUCUGAAUACACUGUACGACGAGAUAGAGGCGCCUAGCGACGAUAAAGGUGAGGAGGAAAUCGCCAAACUGGGGAGAGACUUCAGAGCCAAGACAAGGGAGACAUUUUUUUUAAUGGCCGCAAACAACAAGCGAAUCUCCGAAGCAUGGGACUUACUUGAGUUGAUGGACUCUAUUACCUCUGUAAUACAGCACCAAAGUGACUUCAACGACUAUUACGUAAAGACAGUGGCGAUGUUUCUCGCUGAACAUAUGUUGGAAGAGAAUCAAGCCAAAGAAGAGACUAAGAGGAAGGAGGAGAUCCAGGAUGAGAAGGAACCUCGGGUGCUCGAAGUCACCGAAGGGGUUCCAGAAGUGGAAACAUCUCUGGUACAGGAAGUGCACGCGGCGGAUGUGGAGCCCCGUGACAAGGUAGUCCUACAGGUCCAAGAUGGGCUUCAGUAGCUUUGCUUAUGGGAUCAAAACAUUUCAUACAGUGAAUUAUUUGCUGAGGAACAGACCUUGGUGGCUGUGAAGAAAGCUGUUACAGUGGGGGAAGCUUGUAAAAAUAAUAGGUGGA